CGCUGUUAAUCUUCCAAACAUUCAUUCACGCCGCGAUAAGCUAAACAGUGGCAACAGUGUGGCUCAUCAGAACGCUUUCCUUCAGACCCGUGCCAGGAUUUCGAAUGAUGAUGCCAUUUGGAUUUACCUUGUGUUUGUUAUGGGACUUUGCUGUGUCAGAUUGAACUGCAGUUCCUGUUGUUGGUUUACUGUGCGGGGUAUGACUGAUCAAUAAAACUGUUCUUUGAGAUGGAUUUCCAGCGCAGGACGGCUGCAGGAACGACACCAUAUGUUGCAGAUGGAGGGCAGCACUGACAGACAGGCUUAUUAAAACAGGAGAAUGCCCCUGGGUGAAAAAGACUGCCUCGCUUCUUAUAAAGUGUUAGUGGUAGGCGAAACAUCUGUCGGCAAGACUGCACUCAUCAACAAUCUCGUUGGCCGAGAAUUCAGGGAGAGCAUGGUCCCUACUAUAGGCGUUGACUUUGUUAAGAAAAUAUUCGAAGUCGAUGGCGCCCUUAUCCAGCUGGUGAUAUGGGACACUGCGGGGCAGGAGCGGUUCCGGUCCAUCACCAAAUACCAGUAUAGAGGAGUGCAGGGAAUUGUCCUCGUGUAUGACGUCACAAAUAUCGCCUCAUUUUCACAUCUGACUUAUUGGAUCACAAGUAUACAGUAUGAAGUUGCGCACUGCCACAGUGGACGCGGCAGGUAUGAGCCGAUACCAAUCAUCCUUUGCGGCAAUAAAUGCGAUAUGGACGAGAAGCGACGGGUGAAGCCGAGCAAAGGAUACAAAUUGGCUGAGAAAGAAAUGGCGUUCGAGUUCUUCGAGACGAGCGCUAAGACAGGCACCAAUGUCUUCCCCUCAUUCCAGCGUCUGGCAUACCACGUGACUGACAUCCAUAACCCGAAGUUGAUGAAAUCCUACCACCCCUACAUGAUACGUUGCUAUGACGACACGGAAACAACCGAUGAGGCACGUGACCAUUUCAAACCAAGAAGGACUACAACCAAGAAAGACAAGAUUGUCCCCAAAGACGGGAAGAAGUGUGACAAGUUGAAAAAGAGUUUGUGUUGCGGGUGUUUCAGGUGACGAAGGAUAUCACAGCUUCAUGUUCAACACACGCCCACAUAUCUACAUCGUGUGAUGAAGGCAAUCUGAUAACCAUUCAUUACACUCAGAUCUUUUACCGGG